AUGGGUGCUCAUAAUUCGGUCGCCAGUCGCAUGAUACAAAACUUCCCAGGCAUAACAAUUUGGACAUGCAUUUGUCAUUCUUUACAUUUGUGUGCUAGCGAAGCGUGUAAAAGUCUUCCUCAACGCUGCGAAGAACUUACUCGUAGCAUUUACUCUUUUUUCUCCAUGAGCUCUAAGAGAAAUGCUCAAUUUGUUCAAUUCCAAGAAUUUUGUUCAACGCCUAUCCAUAAAAUAUUGCAUCCAUCUCAAACGAGAUGGUUAUCAUUACAGGUGGUUGUAUCUAGAUUGUUGGAACAAUGGGAUGCUUUAAAUUUAUAUUUUAGGAAUAGAAUUUUAACUGAAAGACUUUUGGUAGUUGACAAUAUUUAUAAAUCAUUAAAUGACCCACUUAUAAAAUUAAUUUUUCUUUUCGUGGACUUUAUCUUACCUAAUCUCACUUCUUUAAAUUCUUUUUUUCAAAGUUCUAAUGUUGUUAUUACACAACUUCAUGAUAAAAUGGUUUUAACAUAUAAAGAAAUAUUAUUAUUAUAUAUGAACGCCAAGUACAUACAGACAACACCUAUUAAGGAUAUUAAUCCAGAAAAAUCUGACAAGUUUUUACCAACAUCACAAAUAUACUUGGGAAUCAAAAUUAUGCAAGAAAUGCAAAAAAAUUCUAUAUUUGAUAAUAAGGCAUUAAUAGUCGAGUUUUAUUCAAGGGUUCAAAUUUUUUUAAAAAUAUCAUGUCUUCAAAUAAAAAAAAAAUACAACUUUGGUGACCCUGUAAUGCCAGCAAUAAAAUUAAUGGAUCCUAAAACCGCAUUAUCAAUUGAAACUAGGGAUGAAUAA